CUCUGCAGAGGUAAAGGCCCUAGGCAGAGGAGAUGGAGGUAGAAGGGCAUAGGGCUGAGCCCGAGCACUGGGCAUGGGACAGUGAGCCUGGCAUGUCACGGUGUGCAGUAUGCACUGUAGACAGCUCUGACUACCUGGGCUGGCACAAUGAGUCCCAUGAGGGACAGACUGAGGAGGAAGCUGAAGCGCAUGGCUGUUAACCAACUUCCCAGAAUCACACUGCCGUUGAGCCAAGAUGAGAUCAAGUUCAUCUGAAUCCAGAGUCUCGGCUUCAAAACACGAUGCUGUCCUACCGGUGCUGGGGAAAGAACAAGCGCUAGCAGCUGAGAGGUGGUGCUGGCUAGAGUGCAUGCUUUUGGGCUCAACCUUGACUUUUCAAAUGUGGAAGUCUAGGCUUUCAAUGGUUUUGGGAAGAAGUUGACUGCCUGGCGAAGAGAUUACAAAGCAUGAGCAUCGCUUUGAGGUGAUCAACACAUCCAGCAGUCCCUCAGUCCUCACAUGCUGGAUUGGAGGUUUAACAACUGUGACUUCAGAUGUGGAAACUUCGGCCCAGAGGCCGGGAGUGACAGCUCCAGGUGGAUCACCCGGAGCCAGGACCCCUGACUGUCACCAGGGCCUGACCUCCUCACCUAGUUUUGAAGUUGGAGUCCCUUGCAAGAGCCUCCCAUGGCAGACCAGAGGAUGGACAUUUCUUCCACCAUCAGUGACUUCAUGUCCCCAGGCCCCCCGGACCUUCUAUCCAGCUCCCUCAGCUCUGGAGGCAUGGACUGCAAUCGCAAGCGGAAAGGAAGCUCUACCGACUACCAAGAAAGCAUGGACACAGACAAAGAUGACCCUCAUGGAAGGUUAGAAUACACAGAGCACCAAGGCAGGAUCAAAAAUGCAAGGGAAGCUCACAGUCAGAUUGAAAAGAGGCGCCGGGAUAAAAUGAACAGUUUCAUUGAUGAACUGGCUUCUUUGGUACCAACGUGUAAUGCCAUGUCCAGGAAACUGGACAAGCUGACCGUGCUCAGAAUGGCCGUCCAGCAUAUGAAGACACUGAGAGGUGCCACAAAUCCCUACACAGAAGCUAACUACAAGCCAACAUUUCUGUCAGAUGAUGAAUUGAAACACCUCAUUCUCAGGGCAGCAGAUGGAUUUUUAUUUGUCGUAGGAUGUGACCGAGGGAAGAUACUCUUUGUAUCCGAGUCUGUCUUCAAGAUCCUCAACUACAGCCAGAAUGAUCUGAUUGGUCAGAGUUUGUUUGACUACCUGCAUCCUAAAGACAUCGCCAAAGUCAAGGAGCAGCUCUCCUCCUCCGACACCGCGCCCCGGGAGCGGCUCAUAGAUGCAAAAACUGGACUUCCAGUUAAGACAGAUAUAACCCCUGGGCCAUCUCGAUUAUGUUCUGGAGCACGGCGUUCUUUCUUCUGUAGGAUGAAGUGUAACAGGCCUUCGGUAAAGGUUGAAGACAAGGACUUCCCCUCGACCUGCUCUAAGAAAAAAGCAGAUCGAAAGAGCUUCUGCACAAUCCACAGCACAGGGUAUUUGAAAAGCUGGCCACCCACAAAGAUGGGGCUGGACGAAGACAACGAGCCAGACAACGAGGGAUGUAACCUCAGCUGCCUGGUCGCAAUCGGACGGCUGCAUUCUCACAUGGUUCCGCAGCCAGUGAAUGGGGAUAUCAGGGUCAAGUCCAUGGAAUAUGUUUCUCGGCACGCGAUUGAUGGGAAGUUUGUUUUCGUGGACCAGAGGGCCACAGCUAUUUUGGCGUAUUUACCGCAAGAGCUUCUAGGCACGUCGUGUUACGAGUAUUUUCACCAAGACGACAUAGGGCACCUCGCAGAAUGUCAUAGGCAAGUCUUACAAACUAGAGAAAAGAUUACAACCAAUUGUUAUAAGUUUAAAAUCAAAGAUGGAUCCUUCAUCACGCUACGAAGUCGAUGGUUCAGUUUCAUGAACCCUUGGACCAAGGAAGUAGAAUAUAUCGUGUCAACCAACACUGUUGUUCUAGCCAACGUCCUGGAAGGCGGGGACCCAAGCUUCCCGCAGCUCACGGCAUCCCCGCACAGUAUGGACAGCAUGCUGCCCGCCGGGGAAGGUGGCCCAAAGAGGACCCACCCUGCUGUUCCAGGGAUUCCAGGGGGAACCCGGGCUGGGGCAGGAAAAAUAGGUCGAAUGAUUGCUGAGGAAAUCAUGGAAAUGCACAGGAUACGAGGAUCCUCACCUUCCAGCUGUGGCUCAAGCCCACUGAACAUCACAAGCACGCCUCCCCCUGAUGCCUCCUCCCCGGGAGGCAAGAAGAUUUUAAAUGGAGGGACUCUAGACAUUCCUUCCAGUGGCCUAUUACCAGGACAGGCUCAGGAGAACCCAGGUUACCCAUAUUCUGAUAGUUCUUCUAUUCUUGGUGAAAACCCUCACAUAGGCAUAGACAUGAUCGAUAAUGACCAAGGCUCGAGCAGUCCCAGUAACGAUGAAGCAGCGAUGGCCGUCAUCAUGAGCCUCUUGGAAGCAGAUGCUGGCCUGGGCGGCCCUGUUGACUUCAGCGACUUGCCAUGGCCGCUGUAAACACUACAUGUUGCUUUGGCAACAGUUACAGUAUCAAAGUGCAUUACUGGUGGAGUUUUACAGUCUGUGAAGCUUACUGGAUAAGCAGAGAACAGCUUUUAUGUACCGACUUCAUAAAAGCCAUCUCAGAGCCAUUGAUACAAGUCAAUCUUACUAUGUGUAACUACAGACAAAGUGGAACUAAGCCUGCUCCAGUGUUUCCUCAUCAUUGAUUAUUGGGCUAGCUGUGGAUAGCUUGCAUUAAUUGUAUAUUUUGGAUUUUGUUUGUGUUGAAUUUUUUUAAUCAUUGUGCACAGAAGCAUCAUUGGUAGCUUUUAUAUGCAAAUGGUCAUUUCAGAUGUAUGGUGUUUUUACACUACAAAGAAGUCCCCCAUGUGGAUAUUUCUUAUACUAAUUGUAUCAUAAAGCUGUUUAUUCUUCCUUGUAAGAAUCCUUUACUAUAAAUAUGGGUUAAAGUAUAAUGUAUUAGACAGUUAAAUAUUUUUAAUAAAUGUUUCCCUUGUUCUAUAAAA